AUGGCGUCCCAGGAGGCGGCCCCGGCGGCGCUGUCGGCGACCAUCUGGAAUGUGAUUGCCAGCGCCAGCGCGGCGCGCGCUCGCGCCCCGUCGCAGGCCCGCGCGUCCCUCCGCCAGUCCCUGAGCAGCCGGCGGCUGCUGGACGGCCGCGCGUCGCAGGUCGACGUCGUCGCGACCGGCGCAGACGAUGACGCGGCGUCCCCGCCGCAGCCGACCAAGAGCGCGUCGAUGACUGCGCUGAACGGGCGUAUCUUCCCGGACCUGCUGCUCUGGCGCGGCCAAAACAAGCGGGGUGCCCCGCCCGAGGCGGGCGGGGCGCGGAAACCGUCGCUCUACUGGUUCAGGGAGGAUCUGCGGCUCGACGACCACUUCGCGCUGUCCUGCGCCCUCGAGAACUCCUCAUCGGUCGUUCCCGUCCUCUGCCUCGACCCUAGCGACUACGCCCCCCCGGCUGCUGCUGCGGGCGCGAAGCGCGCCGCCCUCGGCCCGACGCGCGCCCGCUUCGUCCUCGCGUCCGCACACGACCUCCGCAAAUCUCUCCGCGAGAAGGGCUCGGACCUCGUCGUCCGCGUCGGCAAGCCCGCCGACGUCCUCCCAGAGCUGGCCAAACAGGCCGGCGCCGCUGCCGUGUACUGCCAGCGCGCGGUCUCGGCGUCCGGCGCGCGCGCCGAGCGCGACGUGCGUGCCGCGCUGCAGCGCAACUCGUGCGAGCUCAAGCUCGAGUGGGGGUCGAUGCUGCACGCCCCGGACCAGAUUCCUUACAAGACGAGUGCCGACGUGCCGGCGACGUUCGCCGCGUUCCACCGCGCCGUCGCGAACGUGCAGCCGCGCGCCGCGCUGCCCGUGCCGAAGGACCUCAAGCCCGGCGUCGUCCGCAACAUCGAUCCCGGGAGCAUUCCGACUGAGCGCGAGCUAGGGAUCAGCGCGCAGGCCGGCGGCGGCUCUGGGGCCGACGCGGGGCUUGUCGGGGGCGAGAGCGAGGCGCUGCGGCGGCUGAAGGAGACGCUGGCGGCCGCGGCGGCCGCGAUGGCGGGGUCGCGGAGGCAGGGGGCGGUGCGGCGCGAGGUGCCUGCGCCGGCGCUGGCCGACCCGAACAGCCUGGUGUGCAAGCUGUCGCCGUGGCUGACGUCGGGGUGUCUGUCGCCGCGGCGCGUGUACGAGGAGGCGUGCCGCGCGGCCGGCGGCACGCGGAAGGGCGCGGCGGGCGGCAAGGCAAGCACGCCGCUGCUGGAGCUGCUGUGGAGGGACUACUUCACGCACCAGGCGCUCGUGCUGGCGCAGGGGUCCGCGCAGAAGGGCACUGGCGUCGCGGCGACGCAGGGCGCGACCGCGGUGGCGCUUUGA